AUGGCGGAGCAGAGCAGCUCCCACGGCCGGGAAACAUCGGGGCGGGCGGGCGGUGAGGUGGGCAGGCAGGUGGCCACGAGGGGCCCGAUCGGGGAACGAGACAGGGUCCGGCGGGGCGGGCAGACUACUGUGAGGGGCUCGGUUGGGGCACGGGACGAGGUCCGGCGGGGUGGGCACGCAGCCGUGAGGGGCCCGGUUGGGUGGCUGCCGUCCCCGCCGCAGUCCUCCUUCAGUGCCGUGCCUGGAGUAGGGCCAGAGGGGCCGCCAGGAAGCUGCGCAGCCGCGCCGGGGCUGCUGGAGUGCCGCCGCUGCGGUUACCUGCGCACGGGCAGGGGUGAGUGGGGCGGGAGGCGGCCGCGGGAGCGGCCCGAUGGCUUCCUUCCGGGAGCUGCCGUUUCGCUGCCGUCCGACCGCGGGCCCACCUCUGCCCUUCCCCUUUCAGCCUGGUGCCAGGUGGUGGAGGUGCUGCUCGCCGUGCUGCUCCUGGCCUGCACCUCCGUGUCCGGCAGCUCGACGGGAGGCUACACGGGUUUACCUAGCCUGGGGGGCGUCUACUACUAUCACUUUGGCGGGGCGUACAGCGGCUUCAGUGGAGCAGACGGGGAAAAAGCCCAGCAGCUCGACCAGCGCUUCUACCUACAAAAGCUGCCAAUCGCAAGAGCUGCAAUGGCCGUGGGAGGGUGUCUCCUGGUCUUCUCUUGCCUUCUUAUUUUGCUUGGUGUUCUGCGGUUACCGUGGCAUUUCCCAACCUGGCUGCUAAUUGAAUGCAUCUUGGACAUCGUCAUUGUAAUUGGCAUGGUGCCUGCUCUAUACUAUUUCUUCCAUUUUUUGCUGGGGGUUUAUAAUUCAUCAGUGUGCAAAGAGAGAGAACAGCUUUAUCAAAGCAAAGGCUAUCAGGGGUUUAGAUGCAGCCUGCAUGGGGCAGAGAUUGCUACUGGCUUCGCAGGCUGCAUAGCUAUCAUGGCAUACCUGCUCAGUGCAGGCCUAGCUGUCAGGGGGUACAGAACAGUUCACAAACUGAAGCAGAAACCAGUACAAUCAUACCAGCUUUAG